UCUUGACCUGCAGAGGUAGUGAAAAGAGACUCGAAAACAGCAAACAGCGAAAUAGUUAAGCAAGGCACACAGCCCUGCAACUUAUAUUUGAUCAAGAUAAGCCAACGAAGGAGAUUCUACACCUGUAAUGCUUUAAUGCUAAAGUCCAUACUCGGUGGGGACACGAAUGGUUCUGCGGAAGAUAUACCAACUGGAGGCGUGUGCGGCGGGAGUGGCAGUGGCAGCGGUCGAAGCACCAACGGUGCUGCAGCAUUUAGCCGAGCCAGUUGCGGCUUGGGCUCCAGCUCGAUAUACAGUGGCCUAAGUGCUGUGUGUGGCAGUGGCAGUGGCAGACUGAGUGGAAGCGGAAGUGCAAGUGCAAGUGCGAGUGGCAGUGGGAGCAGUACACCAGCAACCGUUUAUUGCCCUGCAUGCGUAGCCAGCAGCUCACAGCAACAGCAGCAGCAGUCGCAGCCGCAGCAGCAGCAGUCGCAGCCGCAGCAGCAGCAGUCGCAGCCGCAGCAGCAGCAGUUGCAGCCGCAGCAGCAGCAGACAGACGCAUUCCUUCAGCGAGAUUCGAAGUCGGGCAAGAGGGCAAAGGGACGCAAAAGUGCAUCGACAGCUGGCUGCGUUGACGUGCAGCAUAUACGCAACAAUCUGAGCAUGUCCACAUCGAGCUCAACGCGCAGCACACGCGGCGGCAGCAACAGCAGCUGCAGCACUGCCUCGGCUGUGAUGGCAUCCAGCGGAAUUACUGCCUAUGAUGCCAAUAGCAAUGGUAACGGCAGCUGUAACAGCAGCAACUUCAAUUGCAAGGACAACUCACCGGGCAGCUACAGCUACAGCUGCAAUGCCCUCAACGUCGACUUCAAUUCCUAUACGGCAACACAUCAGUGGACGCGCAUGCUCGAAUGUGCUGAGUUUGUUGGCGCCAAACGCAGUAAGCAUACGGUGGUUGCCUACAAGGAUGCCAUGUUCGUGUUUGGCGGCGAUAAUGGCAAGAACAUGCUCAACGACCUGAUACGCUUUGGUGUCAAGGACAAGUCAUGGGGACGGGCAUGUGCAACUGGAACGCCACCGGCGCCGCGCUAUCAUCAUUCCGCUGUUGUUGCGGGCAGCUCGAUGUUUAUAUUUGGCGGCUAUACGGGCGACAUUCACUCCAACUCCAAUCUGACCAACAAGAAUGAUUUGUUUGAGUACAAGUUUCUUAGCGCCAUGUGGGUGGAGUGGAAAUUCUCGGGCAGGCAACCAGUGCCGCGUUCGGCGCAUGGCGCAGCGGUUUACGACAACAAGAUGUGGAUUUACGCCGGAUAUGAUGGCAAUGCUCGGCUUAACGAUAUGUGGACGCUGAAUUUAACGGGCGAGAAUCAUCAAUGGGAGGAGGUAGAACAGCAGGGCGAUCGUCCGCCCACCUGUUGUAAUUUCCCCGUUGCCGUUGCACGCGAUGCCAUGUAUGUGUUCUCCGGCCAGAGUGGUCUCCAGAUAACAAAUUCGCUGUUUGAGUUUCACUUUAAGACGCGCACAUGGCGUCGCAUUUCCAAUGAGCCGGUGCUGCGUGGCGCUACAUCGGCACCACCGUCGCGUCGCUAUGGCCACACCAUGGUCCAUCACGAUCGCUUCCUGUAUAUUUUUGGAGGUUCAGCUGACUCGACGCUGCCAAAUGAUUUACACUGUUAUGAUCUUGACUCACAGGUGUGGUCCGUCAUUCAGGCGGAGCAGAACUCGGAUAUGCCGUCGGGUCGCGUAUUCCAUGCAUCCGCCGUCAUUGGCGAUGCGAUGUACAUAUUUGGCGGCACCGUCGACAAUAGCGUACGGCGCGGAGAUACGUAUCGGUUUCAGUUCUCCAGCUAUCCAAAGUGCACACUACGUGACGACUUUGGCAAAUUCUAUCACGAGAAGCAAUUCUGUGAUAUUCAGUUUGUGGUGGGCGCCGAAGAGAUACGCAUUCUUUCGCACAUUGCCUUCGUAGCGGCACGCUCUAAAUAUUUGCGUAACAAGAUAUUGUCAGCGCGCGAGGCGCGUCAACAACAGAUGGAGAAGCUCUAUGGUGUUGGGCAAGUGGAUACGCUGGCUUUGAAUACGGGCGUCGGCGGGGAUCGCGUGCCGAUGCUGGAGGUGCGACUGGCGCAUGCCUCACCCGAGGCAUUUGAGAUAAUACUUAACUAUAUCUAUACGGAUCGCAUUGACCUGAAGGACUCAUACAGCAAGAAUAUCAUCAUUCUCAUCACGGACAUCUAUCAAUUGGCUGGUCUGUUCACUAUGCCGCGCCUGGCGCACGGCUGCAUCCAGUACCUGGAUUAUAAGAUCAACAAAAUAAAUGUGCUGGAGGCUCUUUACAAUGCUGACAAAAACAACAUUAAAAUCAUCAAGGAUCAUUGCAUGCAGUUCAUCAUCAAGGAAGAGAACUUUACCGAAGUGGUCAUGUCCAGUGAGUUCAGUGAUCUGGACAAGCCACUGCUGGUCGAGAUAAUACGUAAGCGUUUGCAUCCGAGCAAGCUGGUGAUAGACACUACUUAUGAAUCGAAUAUUGGCACUACGCUGGAGCACGAUUUGUCCAUGUUCUUGGAGACAACGGGCAAGGACUUUUGCGAUAUAAGUCUAAUACUAGAGGAUCAUGUGAUACCAGCUCACAAAUCUGUGUUAUCGUCACGUUGUACCUAUUUCCAGGGCAUGUUCCGCUCGUUCAUGCCACCGGAUAAUACUGUUAAUAUACAAAUUGGCGAAAUCUCACCCUCACUAGAGGCCUUUCAUUCGCUGCUCCGCUAUAUAUAUUAUGGGGAGACAAAGAUGCCGCCACAGGAUGCAUUAUACCUGUUCCAGGCACCCUGUUUCUAUGGUUUGUCCAACAAUCGGUUGCACGCAUUCUGCAAAUACUCAUUGGAACAUAACAUUACGUCGGAGAAUGUGCUGCAGACGCUGGAGGCGUCCGACAUAACAAAAAUCUAUGACAUCAAGGAUUAUGCAUUGAAAUUGAUUGUGAAAGAUUUUGCUAAAGUUGCCAGGCUGCCCAAAAUAGCCGGUUUGUCGCGCGAACUGUUGCUGGAGAUAAUACGCGCUGUGGCCGAUUCGCAAGGCGAGUUUCUGACCCGAAUCAAUAUCAAUACUGAUAUCUGAAAACUAGUUGUGCUACAGCCGUCUUUGCAGUUAAUGCUCGCUUGGUUGCAAAUCGGACGUAGCCCGUAAAGCAGCAGUAGCGGUUGGUAGCGCCACGAAUUCGCCCUCUCUUCUCAUGCUCCGUAUACCUGUACCUAAACCUAAACCUAACCUUAUCUCUUUAUA